AUGCAAACCUUCAACGCCUUCAUAAGAAGCUACUCCACACUGCGUCCCCACGCGCUCACCACGCACGCCACCCGCGACUUCACCCUUUCCUCCUUGCCUGCUGACUUGGGACUCCCACCCUUGCCUAUCCGCGCGUUCCGAGAUAACAUGGAAGCCAUGUUUGACGUCUUCAGCAGCUUCCAAGUGACACCUCAAGACGACGGGUACGGCGGUCCCGCGGUGCAUUUCUCACGUGACACAGAUACUGUUGUUGCGCAUUGUCGCAUGGGCGGGAAGAUAAAUGAGCAAGGGGACAAGGGAAGGGCGCUUGAAGCGAGUGGUAUUACGGAAUGGUGGACUGAAGCGGUGUUGUUUGUGAAGAUGAGCAAGGACGGGAGGAGGAUAGAGGGCGUAAGAGAGUUCAUGCAUAGUAAGAAAGUAGAGGAGUUACAGAUGAAGCUGGAAACUGCACUGGGUGAGUGA